UUCCGGCCAAGUAAUUCGAGCAAUUAAGGAACUAUGGAGCAGAAGAAGAACACCGAGAAGAUACCGGCUUCAGGACCCGUACUCGAACUACCCGCAUUGCGUCUCCGCAUGUGUCUCGCGGCCUCUGUGUCUUCAAAAUGUCCAAGUCUUUGAUAGUGAAGCCCAUAUGGCUGCAUUUACAAGUCUCCCAAACUGAUCACUAAAGCCCAUAAGGCUACAACUACAAGUCUCCCAAAUUCUAUAUUCAGCCCCACACGCUCUCUAUUUCCAAUUGAUGUGCGACAUUCCAACCAUAAUAGCCCACAUAUUCCACAGAGUGAUACUGAUCUUUAGUAGUCAAGGGGUGGGAUUGCUCUAUCUUCCACUCUUUAACAGCUUUUUGUGGUUGUUUCUCUCUCUGUCUAUUACUGCGAGUGAGAAAAAGGGAGAGAAGCUUGGUGGAAGCUAUGGCAGUGGGAAUGUCAAUAGCAAGCGAGGGUGGGGGAUACAAUGGCAGGAUGACCUCUUUUGUUGUGUUAUCUUGCAUGAUGGCUGCAACAGGAGGAAUUCUAUUUGGCUACGAUAUUGGAAUUUCAGGUGGAGUCACCUCCAUGGAGCCAUUUCUGAAGAGAUUCUUUCCAGAGGUGUACACGAAGAUGAAAGAAGACACUGAGAUAAGCAACUACUGCAAAUAUGACAGCCAAUUGUUGACCUUAUUCACAUCCUCCUUGUAUGUGGCUGGCCUUAUUGCUUCCUUUUUCGCCUCAUCAGUCACCAUAGCCUGUGGGCGCAAGCCAUCAAUUCUUGUUGGAGGGGUUGCUUUCCUAGCUGGUUCAGCUCUUGGCGGUGCAGCUUUCAAUCUGUAUACACUAAUACUUGGCCGCAUCUUGCUUGGUGUUGGGAUUGGCUUUGCAAACCAGUCAGUCCCGCUAUAUCUCUCAGAGAUGGCUCCAUUCAGACAUAGAGGAGCAAUCAACAAUGGAUUCCACUUGAGCCUUGGCAUUGGUGUUCUCUCGGCUAACCUUAUCAAUUAUAGCACUGAAAAAAUCAAGGGCGGAUGGGGGUGGAGAGUUUCCCUUGGCAUGGGGGCAGUCCCUGCUGCACUCCUAACCCUAGGAGCCCUUUUCCUUUCAGAGACACCCAUCAGCCUAAUUCAGCGGAGCAACAAUCAUCAAAAAGCCAAGCUAAUGCUACAACGAGUUAGAGGCACUGAAGACGUACAGGCAGAACUCGAUGAUCUGAUAAAAGCAAGCGAAAUGUCCAAAACCAUCGAAAACCCAUUUUGGAAAAUCCUAGAGACAAAAUAUAGGCCUCAAUUUGUCAUGGCAAUUGCUAUACCAUUAUUCCAGCAAGUAACUGGGAUCAAUGUUGUCGGCUUCUAUGCUCCUGUCAUCUUUCGGACUAUAGGCCUAGGUGAAAGUGCCUCACUCAUGUCAACAGUUGCGACUGGGGUUGUAGGCAUUUGCGGAACCUUACUAUCAAUGUUGAUAGUGGAUAAAUUUGGUCGAAGAGUUCUGCUUAUGGUUGGUGGAAUACAAAUGCUCAUUUCCCAGAUUAUAGUUGGAAGUAUAAUGGCAACUCAGCUUGGGGGCCAUGGCGGUUUGAGCAAAGUGAAUGGUUUUGCGGUGCUAAUUUUUAUAUGCACUUAUGUUUCAGGGUUCUCCUUGUCGUGGGGUCCAUUGGGGUUUUUAAUCCCGAGUGAAAUUUUCCCGCUGGAGAUACGAUCAUCCGGGCAAAGUAUCACUGUGGCAGUGAGCUUUCUCUUCACUUUCAUCAUUGCUCAAACUUUUCUGGCCAUGCUUUGCCACUUCAAGUCUGGGAGUUUCUUCUUUUUUGGGGGAUGGGUUGCGGUGAUGACCGUGUUUGUUUACCUGUUUUUGCCUGAGACUAAGAAUGUGCCGAUUGAGCAGAUGGAUAGAGUGUGGAGGGAACACUGGUUUUGGAAACGAAUUGUGGGGCAGGAGUAUCAAGUUAGCAAAGUGGACGAAAAAGAAUGAGAUGGGAACGGUAGAUGGAGAAGAGGAUCCUCUCCAGUCCUUUUGUGGAUUGAACGGUCUUGUUGACCUAUGUGGGUCCUUCCCUACCUACUUUAAUGAUCCAAACUUUCACUUUGUAGAGCUCGCCGAGAGUAUUAAUCAUACCAUUUUGACGAGCUCUAAGGAUUAAAGGGUUCUAAUCAUCAAAGUAGGCCCGGAAAAGUCACACAAUAGUCCUAAAUGUCCUGUCCACUCCCGAAAGGAUCCUCUUCUAGCAGAUAAAAUCCUCACUCUAUUGUUCGGAUUCAAUUGCUGUUCCAUUCAAUGGCCUGUACAGUUGAAGAAAUAAUGUAUCAUAUUCUGAAAUCUGAACCAAUAGUUAUUAGAUCUAUAUCAACUCUUUGUUGUGUUGACUUAAAAGUCAAUUUUAGAAAUCUGAGUUAUAGUUUGCACA